AUUAAUUCUAAAAAGAAAAAAAUAAAUAAAUAAAGAGCUGGGUGGUUAAGGAGUGGAGGGGAUGCUGAGGUGUCUCCCGCAAUCCAUGGCGUCCGUACUUCAUCUGAGUUACUCUUUACCUCUUCAACCGCCUUCUCCUUCUUCUUCCUCACCGCCUCGGAAUAAAAUCAUAGACUGUUUAUCUUCUUCUUCAUCAGAUAAUCCAACUCUUCUUAGCAGCACCAACUCCAAUGGUAUUAUUAGUAGCCACAGAAGUUUGAAGCCCAUUGUAGUUGAUGGAGAACCACCCACCUUUGUCUCUGCCCCUGGCCGCCGGAUUGUUGCUGUUGGAGACCUGCAUGGGGAUCUUGAUAAAACAAGGUAUGCACUUGAGAUUGCUGGUGUGCUCAGCUCUGAUGGUGAAGACUUGUGGAUUGGGGGAGAAACGGUGUUGGUUCAGCUUGGAGAUAUUCUUGACCGGGGAGAAGAUGAAAUUGCUAUAUUAUCCCUGUUGAAGUCAUUAGAUAUCCAGGCAAAAGCAACCGGUGGAGCAGUUUUUCAGGUCAAUGGUAAUCAUGAAACCAUGAAUGUCGAAGGUGAUUUCAGAUAUGUUGAUUCGGGGGCCUUUGAUGAGUGUAUUGACUUUCUAGAUUACUGGGAGGAAUGUGAACGUGACUGGGAGGAAGCCUUUGUUAGUUGGAUAUAUGCAUCAAAAAGGCGGAAAAAAGAUAGGAAAGUGUCUCCAAGUUACUGGGAUCCGUGGGAUUUGGUAAAGCGCCAAAAGGGAGUGAUUGCAAGAUCAGUCCUGCUAAGACCUGGGGGCUUCUUGGCAUCUGAGUUGGCGAGGAAUGCUGUUGUUUUGAAGAUUGAUGAUUGGGUCUUUUGUCACGGUGGCCUUCUUCCUCAUCAUGUUUCUUAUGGCGUCCAAAGGUUGAAUAGAGAAGUCUCUCAUUGGAUGAGAGGCCAUCCCGACCAGGAUAAUCAACCAGAUAUUCCAUUUAUAGCCACAAGAGGCUAUGACAGUGUCGUAUGGAACCGCCUAUACUCUAGAGAUGUCUCUGAUCUAGAUAAAUAUCAAAUUGAUCAGAUUGAGUCGAUACUUGAAGACACACUCCAAGCAGUAGGUGGUACGGCAAUGGUGGUUGGACAUACUCCGCAACCUACGGGAGUAAACUGUGAGUUCAACUGUAGCAUAUGGCGGAUUGAUGUUGGGAUGUCCAGUGGAGUACUUGACUCCACACCGGAGGUUCUAGAAAUAAAAAAUAACGAAGCAAGAGUGAUAAGGGGCAAAUGGGAUAGAGUCGGCGAUCUUGAGGUUGUUGAUUAUCUAUAGAGAGGUUAUGGAAGCCCUGAGCUGUAACCGUUGCCUACUCCACUGGGUUCAUUUGCACCUAUUGUUGUCGAUAAUAACUUCACCAACAGCUCACAUUGUGCUUCGAAACUGGACUUAGUUUGGAAGAUUUUCCCCUUCGUAACGGCAUCCAUUGAACAAAAAAGAGUAGCUGUAUUUGAAUCAAUUAAUGACAAAGGAGAGCCAAAUAAGGAGGAUCUGAGUAGCUGACUAGCUGAGCAUUGUGCAAAGUGAAGUAGCUCUGGACCAAUUUUCCUUUCCACACUUGCAAUAAGGAAGAGAUACAUAUACGUUGUGAAUAAUUACCAUAUGUUCAGUUUGUUUGCAAAGUAGAAUCAUUAAAGUUAAGAAUGUUGUAUGAAUUUGAGAAUCUGUAAUAAAGUAACAUGUGUGGAGUAAUCAAAUUGUUUGCGGUACUGCAUUAACAGGAUCAGGUUUGUAAUUCCUGAAGAACUCCAAAGCUCUGAUAUUGAAUGGCUUUGUUCUAGUGUUAGACUUGCAAGUAAUUCAAGUAAACCGCUACAAUCAGCGAUUAGAAACUAUGAUGAAUCAGAAUUACUGCAUUUACAUCCAUCGGGGCAUUCGAGAAAUGGAGGAAGCAAAAAAGACAGAUAUGUGGAACAAUUGGCAUUCCAGAGAAAUGGAGGAAAAAGAAACAAAGAUAAAAAACAAAUGAAG